AUCAUGCAUCUCUGUCUGUUUCAGGCGCUGCGUCGAGUGCGAGCGAGACGGGUGCUGGCGCGCGAUGGUGGCGCCGCCUCGACAGAAACUUCAGUUGCGAGUAAACGUUCGCGGUCACCUGUCGCUAUUUUUCCCGCUACAUUUAUUCCUCCGAUAGUACCUGUUACUACACCGGUGUUUUAAAGUGAUAUUUCUUAUACAUAAUCCUGAAUUUGAGUUACUAAAAACAGUGUUUAUUUUUAACUGGUGUUUAGAUGUUAAGGGUUGUGUGUGAAGAGUGUUUUUGCCGAAGCCUGAUGUCUCGGUGCACUGUGGAGAAUGGCUUAUUAACUGUGUAGUGGAUUGUGCUUUUUUUUGGAGUGCCCUCUGGGAAAUGCAGGCCGGAGCUCUUGUUCGACUCUUAUAGUGAUGGUGUGAGUGCAUGGCGGGGGCCGCGGCGGCGCUGGAGGCUGCCUCGCGCGGCGACGCGGCGCGCCUCGCCUCACUGCUGCGGGCUGACCCCAAGCUCCGAGAUGCUGCUGAUGAGAACGGGUGCACGCUGCUGCAGCGCGCGGCGGCGGACGGGCACGUGGACGCGCUGCGGCUGCUGCUGCAGCACGGGGCCAGAGCAGACUGCGUUGAUGUCGUCCACGGCAACACAGCCGCCCACGAAGCAGCCUGGAAGGGCUACUCCCGCUGCCUGGUGCUUCUUGCAGCGGCGGGGGACGCGGGGGGUACGGGGGGCGCAGGGGGCGCGGGGGUCGUGUGCGCGCGCAACGCGGGGGGCUUCACGCCGCUGCACCUCGCGUGUCAGAACGGACACAACCAGUCGUGUAGAGAGCUGUUGUUGGCUGGCGCGCCGCCGGAUGCUCAGAAUAAUUACGGCGACACAGCGCUGCACACGGCGGCUCGCUACGGGCACGCCGGCGUCACCCGCAUCCUCAUCUCCGCCCAGUGCCGGGUCUCGGAGCAGAACAAGAACGGAGACACGGCCCUGCACAUCGCCGCCGCCAUGGGACGACGGAAACUCACCAGGAUACUCCUGGAGGCGGGCUGCGACAAGUCACUGAGGAACCAACAAGGAGAGACGGCUAGAGAUAUCGCCACCAGAAAAGGACUUGAUGAAAUCAUCAGUAUCUUAAACACUCCUGUCGCAAAACAAGCGAAGAAGAAGGAGAAACAUAGAGACAAGAGCAAAGAGAGGACUCUUGAUGAACCUGAUGCAAGUAAAAAGCCAAAAGACAAAGGAAAGAAGAAGAAAAACGUCACCUUUGAAACCCCAGCGGUUCCAGUCCAAUGGUCGCCGUACGGCUGCCAUUACUAUCCGGACCCGAAAUACUUUCCUAAACCAAAGUUGAGCUCGCUUCCCACCGAACCCUUACAAAAAGGCGAGCAAUACUACCUCGAUUUGGCAGGAAAUAUAAAGAAGGGACCGAUCGGAGCCGGCUACACUUGCUACUGCGCGCCAUUCUUCAAACACAUGGAGGAGAAAUUGAAUGAAGACAAGAAAGAUCUGAAGAAACAUAUUGACCGAGCCCACGACAAGUUGGAUCAAAAGGUGACAGAUUUGGAAAUGAAGACGCAAGGCCAGAUAUCCGAGUUGACAAGAUUUGUAGCAGCCGAAAGAGCUAUGUGCAAGGAAAGACAUCAGCAUCUCGAGCAUUGGUUGACCAGAGGCAUGAUGACCAGGGCUUCGGAAAGGGUGAAGAAAUUAGACUUCAGUCCUAAAGGAUCCUUAGACAUCCCGCCAUUAAAGAGAAGCAGGAGUCUCGAGGUCUUAGAUGCACACACUGAGGAAUGGAACAAAGUAAACAAAAUAAUUCAGAGUUUCAACAAAAAUGCUGAACAUUACGAAAGCCAUUCCAAUGACCUGCAUGAAACGAAAGCAACGUCGAAGAGCACAGAGGUUUUGGAUAGCAGAAGAUCCCCAGUCAGCCCGCGGAGAGUGUUUUUCAUGAAGAACUCUAGAAGCAGUGACCAGCUGGACUCUCCAAGAAUGUCGAGUAGGUCUCCACACAGAAGUUCCUCACACACGAGCCCGAUUCCUCAAGACCAAAGUCAACAGCAUAAUGUCACUGCGGAGAUACACGUAAAAUCCAAUAGAAUAUCUUUAUCCCAGUCCCCAGUGUCUAUGGAAGUCGGUAUUCAAGGAUACAAUGACCGCUUAGGUGCUUCUAGUCGACAAUCCAACACCAAGUCACCCAGCAGUAGCAACCGAGACUUUAGAACAAGUGAGUCUGAGGGAGAACGGUCUAGAAGCAACAUUGGGAGUCCUCCAUGCAUCUCCCAAAAUGCGCCUCCUUGGAAAAGCCAAGUGCUACAAAAAACAGCAGACGAUAUACGGAAAAGAGUACUCGAAAAGGAGCUAUCGGAUUCAAUGUCCAGAAGCAACAAGUCCUUAGACAUUUCCCAGGAUGGAUACGUAAAAUUUCCAAAGCCAGGCAAUUACCAUCACCACCAUCUCAAUAUGUCGGAAGUAAUUGAUAGAGAACCUAGAAGAUCUGUUCAAGAGUUGGUUGCGCAAGUGGAGCAGCAACAAAGAUGCGCGUCGCCUGAGCCGGCACCGCCAUUGCCCCGGAAACCCCCCACCGAUAUGCACGAUGCACCGACCUCGCCGGUCAACAUACAGCCCAGUCCAGGGAUCCUCAAAAUGCCACAGCAGCCGCUGAGACCUGCGCCAGUAUUAAAAGAAAAACCACCGAAGAGCAAGCGCUUCAGCCUGCACAACCUCAUCCCCUUCCCAACGAGAAAAACCUUCCAAACUCCGCCGAAGGACAACGGGAACAAUUCAGAGAGCAGCGAUGAAGAAGACCAUCCUAUCCGGAGCUCCGCGCAGCCGGGACCCAUGCGGAACACCAACCUGCUGCAGACGCUGCCGCUACCCAACUACGAGACCAUGUCUAACAAGUCACCAUCGCCCGCCCCUCGAGUUCAAUCCCCAAACCAAAACAUCUAUCCCCACGAUUUAAGAUCUAUGAUUCCGAAGGACGCGUACUUUCACGAGAUCCCCAACCGGGUCCACCACCAGAUGCCGUAUAACCUCAUAGAGAACGGGCUCCCUCCCCAGCCCCAGCUUGGGUACAACCAGCCGGGCCUACCGCCACCGACAGCCAGAAGCCGGAACCCUCUAUACCCGCACCAGACUGGGGUUUUCGACGCCAUGAUGCAGGACCACAUCAUGAGAGAGAUGGGCCGCAUCCCGCACUGCUACAGCGAACAUCUCGACCAGAACACUGAGGUGGAGAUCGCGAACCAAAACGGGACAUUUCGAGAGGGUUACUACGAUAACCGUGCGCCAGUGUACAACCCAAGGAAGCCAGUUCCCGACCACAGCUUGUUGCACAGUCGACUGCAGUCGCUCGCUAUUAACACCCACUUGACUGAUACACAGAGUCAGGUGGACAGGGAGUCCCACAAUGACUCGGGGUACAGUACUAAAGUGUACGGAAGCUCGCAAGGGCCCUCGCCCAGUCUGUCCGGACAUGUGGACGCAGAUAAUUUAUCUGGACAGAGAGUCAACAUACUACCGAAUGGUAAGGCGGUGGGUCAUGUCGGCGCGUCUAGCUUAGUGUAACACAGUAAUACUCAAAUCUAAGUCAUUGUUUUGGUGGAAUGUAAUGUUUCAGUCGUUUCAAUGAUUUUGUGUUCCUCCUGCAUGCAAAUUGGUAUUAGUUUUACUGUUUACAAAUAGGUAUGAAGAUUCAGUACAAAGCAAUAAAGUACAAUAAACUUACAUCAAUCUAACAUUAGAUAUCGUAUUACAAGCACAAUAUGCACUGAAAAAGUAACAGUUUCUUAUUAAAGUACAAAUAAAAAUUAAUACUUACGUAAGUUUUAAGAUGCCAUUCAGUUUAUCAAGUGUUCACAGUAAUGAAAUAAAAAUUAGGUUAUAAGACUAUUCUUAUUUUUAUAACUAGCUCUAGGAUUAUCUUGUCACAUAAAAAUGUACUAUAAAAUUAAUAUUUAUUAUUUUCGCAUAAUGAAUGAAACAAUUCGGUAUUACUUAUAUUUG